AUGGCCAAAAGGGCUCAGGGUUUGAUGGCGGAUCAAGACGACGAUUCGACGAGCGAGGCCGUUGUUUUGUUAUCGCUUGGGAAAGCGGCUAGGUUGGGGCAAGACACGCGCGAGGCAAUUGGGCAGAUGCAAUCUGGCGGUACUGGAAUGCUGGAUGGUCGCGAUGUCGUCGUUGCGGUGCACGAGGCAACGGGUACUGAUUUGGCGGCAAAAGGUGCAGCCUACGCCGAGGACCAGACCUCGAAGAGGGAUAGAUGGAGGGGGGUGAGAGGGGUGACGAGGACAGCAGAAGCAGACCUCUCUUUUUUUUUUGUGAUGGUGGUUGGUGAGAAUGAGAAGAACAGGAUUUUGGGUGAAUGGGAUGGAUGGGUGGACGAUUUGGGUGGAUGGGCUGAGCAAAGGUUUGGGAAGGAUGUGCCCUGCGGAGCUGCUGGGCAGGCACUAACUAUACUAGUUAGAAUCGAGAGGCACCUUGACAAUGGGAGUAUGCCAACAACUGCUAUUACAGCGACCGGAUAUACAGAGUCCACCAAGCGAAGAUGCAAGCGAGCAGCUAUCAUGCAUUCCGCGCCGUCCGACUGCCGUGCUCAGACGUGGUGGCUCCGCUCAGUGGUCUCUACAAUAUAUCACUUGAACUCGCCGCACCACCCUAAUCUCAAAGUCAUCGUACCACCAGUCACGUCCAGCACCACAACAACCACUCCUCCAUCCACCCUCUCCACUGUGCAUAUUUUCAUCUACCGAUACGCGUGGAUAAGGACAUUACAGUACAUACCCUCACCAUCAACUCAUCCCAUGGUGCCACAACUCGUCAGCCCUUCAAGCCCAUCCUUGCCACCCUUGUCAUCCUUGCCAUCCUUGCAACUCGCCAACAAACCAGCCCACGAUGAGCAAAUCCCGAUGAGAAAAGCGGAGAGGCCGUCGAGGCUCCCUGGCCUCCACUUGGGAUGCCAAUGA